AUGGCGCACCCCCAGCCCUAUCUGCUCCCCUCCCAGGCCUCCCCUUCCCAGCCAGCACAGCCUGGCCUGGUCCCCUCCAUCCCUUCCCCGGCCAAGCCAUCACAAGCCCAUUUUCCUCCACCCCAGCCGUCCUUGCCCCUGCCCACCACUGCCCAGCCAGAGGCCUCCCAGGGUGCUACCAAAGAGGCCAGUGGCACCGAGCAGCCGGACCCCUCCACCAUGACUCCCCAGGAGCAGCAGCAAUACUGGUACCAGCAGCACCUGCUUAGCCUGCAACAAAGGGCAAAAGCCCAUGCUCAAGGACAGCAGCAAAUGAAAGGUCCAGUAGUGAAGGAUGCACCUGAGCAGAGAGCAAAGUCUGAAGAAGGAAAAACGAGUGCUUCAAGUCAGCAGUCUGAACCUCCUCCGCUUAAUGAAUCUCUGCCUCCAGCUUCCAAAGAAGACGAGGCUUCUCUUACAGCCACUGAAACUCAGCUCAAUAUUGAACCUCCCGAUGACCCUGAGGAAGAUUUGAGAUUGCAGCAAUUGCAAGCAGCAGCAGCUCAAUGGCAGCAGCAUCCCCACCAGCGGGUUGGAUUUCAGUAUCAGAGAAUAAUGCAGAAGCAUGCCCAGCUGCAGCAGAUAGUACAGCAGUAUCAACAGAUCAUGCAACAGCCUCCACACCUACAGACAAUGUCAGUGGAGAUGCAGCUGCGACAUUAUGAGGCACAGCAAAAACAGUUUCAGCAGCUUCAUAAAGAUUGGGAGCGAUCAAUGAACCAGCAGUGGCAGCAUCAGCUUCAAACCUACCCUCACAAAGACCAGCUUCAAGAGUAUGAGAAACAGUGGAAAGCGUGGGAUGAACAGAUGAAGGUCACCCAGUCCCAUCUGCAGGAGAAAGUGAGCUCACUCCAAAAUCUGAAGAAUCAGUACCCUGCAAAUGUUUCGCUGCCACCUCCAUUUGUUCCAUAUUCUCAAAGCACUCAAGGGGGCAUUCCCAUUAUGCCUCCAACUUUACCUUCAACUACACCUCCGCUGGUCCCCCCGCCUCUCUCUUCUGUUUCUCAGUUAUCUAAUUCCUCUGUCCCUUCAGGAUCCAGUUCUCAAAGCACUCAAUCUACUGAGACACCAAGGCCAGCUCUGCUUCCCACCCCUGGUACCUAUGCAUCAAAAAUAGCAAGUUCAACUGUCUAUUCACCUUACCAUUCUCAAGUAAGUUCAUCCUUUGGCUCCUCAGACCAUGGGAAGUCUCAAGCUCAUCUUAGUAAACAAGGUGUCUCUGUUUCAUCUGAGCAAGGAUGUGGGGAACUGAAAGCCACUUCUGCAGGGUCUUCAUCACAUGCGCCUACCAUGCAGGAUAAACCAGUGAGGUCUGGUGGAUUGCUUCCAGAUCCUCCCAGAUCAGCACGUUUUGAAGGCCCCAGAGGCCCUAGAUUUGAUGGACCUCGAGGAAGAGGAUAUGACAAGUUUGAAGGGUCAAGACACAGAGGGCCUCGUUUUGACUCCCAGCGCUCAGAAGGAUACAGGUCACGUUUUGACCGACAGAAUACAGAUGGGCAGUCUUCAGGUAGGUGGGGGACUAUCCCACGAGGACCAGCAGCACAAUUUUAUACUUCGACAAAUGCAUCACAUGGACAUGGUUCCCGACCUGGUGGACCGCGGUGGAGGGGGCCCAGGCCUCAUAUGGGACAGCAGCAGCAGCAGCAGCAGUCACAGACGGACUCACAGUCAGAAGAUAAAGAAACUUUUGCAGAUGUAGCUGACAACCAGCAGCCUGUGAGCAGAACACAGUCUACUCCCGACGCUGAGAGUGCAGAUCCCAUUGAGUCGAAUGAGGACCUGACAGACACUCAACAGGAACCAUCCAAACCUGAAGUCAAAGAAACUGUUUCAGACCCUCCUAAAAAGUGGACGUGGAGUUCACACGAUCCUAACCAGCCAAUAGAAGAGUCCAAAGCACCUACUCCGCCUCUUCAGAACCAGAAGUCACCAUCCCUUUCUAGUAACCCUGUAGCUUUGCAGUCAGGUAUUGCAAGGACAGGCGGUGCGGUAACCCCUGUAACAGGAGAUCAGGAGUUGGAUUCUCCAGAUGACCAGUUGAUUGCUUCAGAUAGCACCGAGGGCCUAGCUGGACAAGAAAGCAGAGGAAAAGGGCAAUUUAUGCAUGAAGAUAGAGGUAAGGGACCAGUAAGCAGAGGAAGAGGCCAGGGUAGACUGGAGGAUGGCCGUGGCAGAGGGCAGAGGGAUGGCCGUGGCUGGGGAAUGGGUCGUGGCCGGGGAAUGGGGAGGAUGGAUGGUGGCCGAGGGAUGGGAAGGAUGGAUGGUGGCCGGGGAAUGGGAAGGAUGGAUGGUGGCUGGGGAAUGGGCAGGAUGGACGAUGGCCAUGGCCGGGGAAUGGGCAGGAUGGACGAUGGCCGUGGCAGAGGAUAUGUAUACAGAGGCAGAGGGCAGGCCAGACAGGCAUCCAUCCGUGGCAGGGGGAUGUUCAGGAGAGCAGGCAGCAGGGAGAGGAUGCCAGAUAGGCGCUCAGGCAGCAGAGAAAGGAUGCCAGAUGGACGGUCUGGCAGCCGAGAGAGGGGACUGGGUGGGCGGUCAGACAGCCACGAGAGAGUAUUCUCUAGCCGAGACAGAGAGCUCGCUGGGCGGACAGGCAGCCGGGACAGGGGACGGGCAGGCAGCCGGGAGAGAGGUCCGGUCAGGCGGGCAGGGAGUCGGGAGAGGGAGCCUAUGCGUCGGGCGGGUGGCCGGGAGAGGGUCCCAUUUAGGCGGGCGGGUAGCCGUGAGAGGGGCCCAUUUAGGCGGGCAGGUAGCUAUGAGAGGGGCCCAGUCAGGCGGGCAGAUAGCCAUGAGAGGGGUCCCAUGAGGAGGGGAGGAGAUGACCCUGACAAUUUGCCUCCAUACCAUCGAGACGAGACACUCGGGGGUUCUUGGGGUCACGAAGAUGAUAGAAUGCAGGAGGAAUUUCCUUUAGAUAGUCAAGAUGACCCUUCUUUGGAGCAUGAGCGAUUGGAUGACUGGGAAAGAGAACGAUACUGGAGAGAUCACAACUCUGAUUAUCAGGAUGAAUCUGUAGAUGCGUAUGACAGAGAUGACAGGUUGCAAUCCCACCAUUCAUUGCCUCCAUUAUCGCCCCUGCCACCACUACCUCCUUUAUCAUCUGAUCAUGACAGACGAGAUUCGUGGUGGGAUGACUGGAAAAGACCAAGAGACAGGGAACUAGAGAGAGAUCUAGAUAGGACUGGAAGAUCCUCAGAUGUCUAUGAUCAAGAUUUAGACAGAGAAUGGGAUAGAGACUGGGACAUGAGAGCCAUGGAUGACAGAGAAAUGGGGAAUCGCGACCUGGAUAUUCCCCCUCUACCACCAUUACCACCUCUUCCACCUCUGGACAGAUACCGUGAAGAUAGGUGGAGGGAGGAUAGGAGCAGAGAUCAUUAUGACAGAGACCUCCGAGACAGGGAAGAGCUGAGGAUCCGAGAGUAUCCAGAAAGAUACGACACGUGGCGGGAGAAGCAAGACUACCUUCCUGAAAGGACUGACUGGGAGAGGGAACGGUUGUCGGACAGGUGGUAUCCAAAUGAUGGAGACAGGCUGCGGUCUCUGGAUGACCAUCCGGAUUCAUCCCUUCCUCCACCUUCACAUUCCUCUGAUAUGCUGGGAGCAGAUUCAAACCUGGACGCUGACCAGGGUUUGGGAGGAGUGAUGGUCCUUAGCCAAAGACAGCAUGAGAUAAUCCUGAAGGCUGCCCAGGAGCUCAAAAUGCUUCGAGAGCAGAAAGAACAGCUGCAGAAGUUGAAAGAGUUUAAAGCUGACAUUUCCACACAAGACUCUCCGAGAUCUCAGAACACGAGCACAAGGCUGGCUAUUAAACCUUCUCCUGCUGUUAUUAUAAAGCCUCCCGUGUUGUUCAGACAGCCCACCCCUGUGGCAAGACCAAGUGCCCCACUGACAAGGCCUGCUACACCUAUGACAAGGCCACAUGCUCCAGUUUCUUCUCCAGCUACAACCCCAAGUCUUGGUCACUCUUUAAAACCAUCACCUUCUGCUGUGGAACAGGAACGCUGGGAUGAGGAUUCUUUCCAUGGACUCUGGGACACAAAUGAGGAUAAAGGAGCAAAUAUGGAGUACGAGAUGUGUAAACAGGAAUCAAUGAUGCCCCCGCCCGUCUCCUCGCCUGUGAAAGUUCCUGCCGUUCACAGCUCCGUUCCAUCGGCUGUACCAGUGUCCCUUCCUCCAGUUAUUCCACCGGUUCCUAAAGCACCUGUAAUUCAGCAAACUGUGGAUUAUGGCCAUGGGCGAGAUAUAACCACCAGUAAAGUGGAACAGAUUCCAUAUGGGGAGAGGGUAACCUUGCGUCCGGAACCUCUACCAGAGAGGCAAACAUUUCAAAAAGAGCACCCAGGUCGUUACAACAGAGAGAGAGAUCGUGAGCCGUAUUUUGAGCGACAAGGUAAUUCCAACACAGAUCACCGAGAUUUCAAGAGAGACCGGGAAUUGCACAGAGACCGUGGUUCUGUGGACUACGAACGAGACAGAUUCGAAAAAGAGCGGCAUCCCCGAGAUGAUAGGACUCAGUCUUAUCGUGACAAGAAAGACCAUCCCUCCUCCAGGCGGGGUGGUUUUGAAAGACCACCUUAUGAACGGAAGACAGAUCGUCCAGCAUAUGAUCAUGGGCCUACCAUGUUUGGAGGUGAUCGUAGAAAUUACCCCGAGGAAAGGAUUCCUAUUUCUGCUCCAUCAAUGCCCCGUCAGCCACCACCUGCUCCACGAGUGGAAAGGAAGCCAGAAUCUAAAAAUGUAGAUGAUAUUUUGAAGCCACCAGGACGAGAUAGCAGGCCAGAGAGGAUUGUAAUCAUCAUGAGAGGGCUGCCUGGCAGUGGAAAGACACAUGUAGCAAAACUCAUCAGGGAUAAGGAAGUAGAGUGUGGAGGACCUGCACCAAGAGUGCUCAGCCUGGAUGACUAUUUUAUCACUGAAGUGGAAAAAGAAGAGAGAGAUCCAGAUACAGGGAAAAAAGUGAAAAAGAAGGUGAUGGAGUAUGAAUAUGAAGCUGAUAUGGAAGAAACUUACCGUACCAGCAUGUUUAAAACUUUCAAAAAGACCUUGGAUGAUGGCUUCUUCCCCUUCAUUAUCCUUGAUGCUAUCAAUGAUAGAGUGCGACAUUUUGAACAGUUUUGGAGUGCUGCAAAAACCAAGGGUUUUGAGGUGUACUUAGCUGAAAUGAGUGCAGAUAACCAAACGUGUUCCAAGAGGAAUAUUCAUGGACGCAAGCUAAAGGAUAUCAGCAGGAUGUCUGAGCACUGGGAGGCAGCACCACGUCACAUGAUGCGUCUGGACAUUCGUUCUCUAUUGCAGGAUGCUGCUAUCGAAGAGGUGGAGAUGGAGGAUUUUGAUGCAAAUAUUGAAGACCAGAAAGAAGAAGCCAAGAAGGAUGCAGCAGAGGAGGAAGAAAGUGAACUGGGUUACAUUCCGAAAAGCAAAUGGGAGAUGGACACUUCUGAGGCAAAGCUAGACAAGCUGGAUGGUUUGCGGACUGGCACUAAAAGAAAACGUGACUGGGAAGCAAUUGCCAGCAGAAUGGAAGAUUAUCUACAGCUUCCAGAUGACUAUGAUACACGCGCUUCUGAACCUGGAAAGAAAAGGGUGCGGUGGGCAGAUCUAGAAGAAAAAAAAGAUGCAGACAGGAAAAGGGCCAUUGGUUUUGUUGUCGGACAAACAGACUGGGAGAAGAUAACAGAUGAAAGUGGUCAUCUUGCUGAGAGAGCCCUCAACCGCACCAAGUAUAUAUGAAAAGAGGUUAAAUGGAAUUUUGUGCCUUUAAGGCCAUUUGCUCUGAGGAGAAGUGAACCAAGGUGUCAUGAGCAUCUUGCAUGGGUUAUGUCACUCCCACCUUCACAGUUUUUUCUUUUAUUACUUUAGUUUCAGCAGUUUUAUUGAGAUGUUGGCAGAUAACCAGUGCCCUCAAAAAAAAAAGAAUCCCGCUGCUCCUGAGUGAGAGAAACAGUUUACUUUUUGAUAUUUUUGGAGGGGAGGGAGGGGGAGGGCCAGUAGUUUUAGCUGCUGUUUGUGGGAUAAAGUGGAUUAAUUAGACAGACGUUACCUCCACUGUACUGUCUCAGAAUGUUUAUCACCUUUGCUUUGUGGCUGUUCUCGUUUUAUACUGUAUGUACCUUGUAGCUUAUUGUAUUAGGAAGCUGAACAAUAAAUUUCACUAUAAACUCGG